CGCCAAUCAACACGCGGCACGCUGGCACGUGCCAGUUUCGCGGCAAAAAAGAUUUGGCGCGUAAACCUUUGAGCAGGUUCCGAUCAGCUGGAACAAAACAACACAACAAUAACAACAGCGAUUCCGGCCGCACCGCGCGCAGAGACAGCCGGGCCGCACCUUUCCUGCAUUUUAAUGGAUUUAUUUAUUAAAUAAGCCAGGAUCUGGAAAUUAUUUGGAGUUAAAGGCAAUACUUCCUGGAUGGAGUCAUUAAAAACAACAAAAGCGGGUGGUAUUUUGGAUUAAAGUGGCCGAAGAGAGAAGAAACAGGACUUUGGCUUUGUUCUACAUCCGGAUCGGGUUAUAUAUUGUUAUAUUUACUUCUCUACAGCCUGUUUACUCAAAUAUAUACACUCUUUUCUAACACGUUUACAUGUGCUCAUGUUGAAACAAACGCUGUUAGUUUGUAAUAUCGCAAAUAUAUCGAUAUUUGAAAAGUUAAUUUGAACGAUACCAUGUUUUAUGCACUUUAAAGACUGAAAUGGCGUUGCAGAUUGUGAGCGAUGAUGUUUAUUUAUACUGGACUCCAUUUAUUAUGCUUUUCAGCCAUUUUCAGUAGCACUUCCCUAAACAAAGGAAUAACUCAAAAAGUCCAUCAUGCAUGCUUUUUAUCAUCUUAAAUGUUUAUAAACAGCAUGUAUACUCUCAUUCUUUCAUUUACAUUAAUGUAAAUUAAGUAUAGAUCAUAUUUUUGCUUGGCAAACUGAAGUUGACCUACAUUCUGGCCUUGUUGUGCUUUGGGUGCUUCACCCAUAUGUUCUCCAGUCAAGGCCUGUUUUUAAGAGCGUGCACUGAUCUGGAACCUGUCAGAACAUGGAUCAUCCCAAUAAACCAACUAGUAUAGUUAGCUAGAAUAAUAGGCUAUUUCUCAUGCACUUUCAUCCAUAAGCAUUGACGGUAAGCCCAGAGAGCGAGUGAGCCCUGCUGUCUCAGCCCGAUAUGUCUGAGGGUUUUAUUUCGGGUCAGACCUCGGAGGACCUGCUGGCUGAUUUCGAGUCUCUGUUGAACAAUGGCAGUAUUGAUCUCAGCGAAGAUCAUCAAAUUGUCAUCAUCUCCACUCCUGGCACGGCCACCACCAGCACUGCUACGGGUGACAUUUUACUGUUCGCAACGCCACAUCAUACAAGCACUGGGACCACCAGCCUGCCAGACCACCGGAGACCGAUUUUGGGCCGCCCGCCGGUGAAAAGAAAGUUGGAUUUAGACAGCGAUCAUCAGUACAUUUGCACUUCUCGAACCGCUUCAAAUGGACCCACACCUCCAGCCACACCCGCACCUCCCAGAGUGCCUAAGCUGGCUGUGGAGAAAUCCCGCUACGACACGUCUCUGAAUCUGACCACCAAACGCUUUCUGGAUCUCCUGGCUCAGUCUCCGGACGGCGUGGUGGACCUGAACUGGGCCUCACAGGUGCUGGACGUCCAGAAGCGACGCAUCUACGACAUCACCAACGUCCUGGAGGGCAUUCACUUAAUCUCCAAGAAGUCCAAGAACAACAUCCAGUGGCUAGGGAAUCGUAUCGACGGCGCAUCUCUGGCCAGGUUUCAGGAGCUGCAGAAGGAGGUUUCUGAGCUGACGGAGGCCGAGGAGAAACUGGACGAACUCAUUAAUAAAUGCAGUUUACAGCUACGGCUCCUCACUGAGGACACACACAACAAGAAGCUGGGAUACGUCAGGUGUCAGGAUCUGCGUAAUACAGUCGAUCCUCCAGAUCAGAUCAUCAUGGUGAUUCGAGCUCCGGCAGAGACAGCCAUGCAGGUGUCUGAACCCAGCGAGGGUUACCAGAUUUCGCUGAAGAGCUCCAAAGGGCCAAUCGAUGUGUUCCUGUGUCCUGAAGAUAGUUCUGGCGUUUGUAGUCCAGUCACUGACUGCAGUCCAGCUAAAUCCUCCAAUCAGAGUCCAGCAAAGUCUGACCCCGCCUCACAAGAAGUGACAUCAACACCGACGACUCUGCCAAGCUCCUCCCCUCUGCCUCUGCACACAGACUCUGAAUCGUUUCUGGACUCUGACCCGUUUUCUGGCAUAUGUGCGAUGCCAGAUUUCGAUUUGUCUCCUUUGGACUCUGAUUUCCUUCUGGAGCGGAGCGGGGCAGCAGACGGGCUCGGCCUCCCACUGGACAGCUUUAUCUGCCUGUCUCCGCCGCACAGCCAGGACUAUCACUUCGGCCUGGAGGAUCAUGAGGGCGUCAGUGAGCUGUUCGACUGCGACUUCAGUGACCUCGUCCCUCUGGAGUUCUGAUGGACGCAUCCGAGUGCUUCAUUCCAAGUGUGAAUGCAUAACUGACUCACUUUGCUUCACUUUUGAAUCCAGAUUUGCUCAGAUGGCUUUGAACAGUGCCGAUUCACUUUGCUUCAUUUUUAAAUCCAGAAUUGCUUUGAACAUCGCAGAAUCACUUCGUUUUACAUUUGGAUCCUGAAUUGCACAGGUAAUUGAAAUGACAGCGAGUCAAUUCGCUUCACUUUCGGAUCCUAAUUAGCUCAGAUGGACAUUAGCAUCUCAGAUUCAAUUCACUUUACAUUUGGUGCCUAAUUCCCUCAGAUGGACAUAACCAUCUCAGAUUCACUUCACAUUUAAACCUGAAUUUAAACAGCGUGAUUCAGUUCGCUUCACUUUUGAAUCCUUUUAGCUCAGGUGAAUUUUAACAUUGCAGAUUCGCUUCACUUUUGGAUCCUGAUUUGCACAGACUGAUUUAAAUAACGCAAAUUAAAUUUGCUUCACUUUUGAAUCCUGAUUUGAUCAGAUGGAUGUAACUUUGCAGAUUCACAUCGCUUCAGUUUUGAAUCCUGAUUUGAUCAGAUGGAUGUAACCUUGCAGAUUCACUUCGCUUCAGUUUUGGAUCCUGAUUUGCUCGGAUGGAUUUUAGCAGCGCAGAUUUGCUUCACCUAAUUUUGAAGAAUGCUGAUUUGCUUCGCUUCACUUUUGAAUUCAGGUCCGCUCAGAUAUCCAUGAACAGCACAUGUUCAAUUUGUUUCACUUUGAAGAGUGCUGAUUCGCUUCACUUUUGAAUUCAGAUUUGUUUAGAUGAAUCUGAACUAUGCAAAUUCAAUUUGCUUCAGGUUGAAGAGUGCUGAUUCACUUCACUUUUGAAUCCAGAUUUGCCUAAGCAACUCUGAACUGCACAGAUUCGCUUUACUUUACUUUGAAGAGUGGUGAUUCACCUGCUUCACUUUUGGAUCUAGAUCCACUCAGAUAUCCAUGAACGGCACAGGUUCAAUUUGUUUCACUUUGAAGAGUGCUGAUUCGCUUCACUUUUGAAUUUAGAUUUGUUUAGAUGAAUCUGAACAAUGCAGAUUCAAUUUGCUUCAGGUUGAAGAGUGCGGAUUCACUUCACUUUUGAAUCCAGAUUUGCCUAAGCAACUCUGAACUGUACAGAUUCGCUUUACUUUACUUUGAAGAGUGGUGAUUCACCUGCUAUACUUUUGGAUCUAGAUCCACUCAGAUAUCCAUGAACGGCACAGGUUCAAUUUGUUUCACUUUGAAGAGUGCUGAUUCGCUUCACUUUUGAAUUCAGAUUUGUUUAGAUGAAUCUGAACAAUGCAGAUUCAAUUUGCUUCAGGUUGAAGAGUGCGGAUUCACUUCACUUUUGAAUCUAGAUUUGCUUAAGCAAGUCUGAACAACACAGAUUUGCUUUACUUUACUUUGAAGAGUGGUGAUUCACUUCGCUUCACUUUUGGAUUCGCAGCACAGAUUCACUCCACUUUGAAGAGUGUUAAUCCGCUUUGCUUUUUUUGAGUCCAGAUUUGCUUACAUGGCUCUAAAAGGCGCAGAUUCACUUCACUUCCCUUUGAACAGCGCUUCACCUUUAAAUCCAGAUUCCCUCAGAAGGCUCUGAGCAGAACCAUUUAAUUUAUUAAUAGAAAUAAGUCACCUUUUAUUGUAAAUAUAGUGUGUUUGUGUAGGUUUUAGGACGUCGUGAUCGUACAGGAAUCGAGGUUUGAAUAUAAACUGACAGGUUUUAUGGACUUAAAUUUCUCAGGAGUUUGUCAGGUGACUGAUAAUGUGCAAGUAUUUCGGGUCUGGUUAUGUUGCAGAGGUUGGUUAAGCAUGCUGCAUGAUAAUCAAUUAAUCAUCAUUUAUAUGAUGACCAAGGGAACGAGACAGAAAAUGAACUUUUAAUAUCAUAAUAUCAGUGUUUUAUUCCUAAUCACACAUUCCAGACAAAUGUUCAUCAUGUCACCCGAUCUGUACAGUUCUGCUUCUUUUAAGGCAUUGUGGGAUUUGUUUUGUUUAGCGCUGUUACAGGAGAUGUUUUGUAUUUAUUGUAAUUCAUAUCUGAUCCUGGUACAGUAGAUUCCUUGUUAUUAUAUAUAAUAAUAUAUAUAUACAGUCAUAUAUAGUUCCCAAAACAUUCACUUGUGUUGUUUUUCCUGUGCAUGUGUGUACAUUUAUACUUUCCAGCCUCAUCUUAAACAUUAAUCUUGAUAUUUAAAAAAAAAAAAGCACUAUAUAUUUUUAUGUUUUGUUUAUUCCUUUCUAGGAUUCCCUUUAAUUGAGUCCAGGUAUAAGAAUAAUGUCUUGUUUUUUUCUGCAGUUGCAAUUGAUUUCUAGCUUUUGGGGGUUUUAGAGUGGUAAUUUUAGCCACAAAGUGUGUGUGAAAGGAUUAUAAUGAUAUAAUGUCAUUUUAGUAGGUAUUUAAAUGCAUUUUGAUAGGCAGGUUUGAUGAUAAAAGGUUCUGAAGUUCAUAAGGACUCUGUUUGAUAAGCUCUUCAUGUUAUUAAAUGUAUAAUUUAAUGCGAAUUGGCCUUCUGUAUGUAGAUUCGCCCGGGUUUUGCCUUGUUUUGUUUUGUGAAGGCAGCUUUCCUUGUUUGGUUGAAUAUGUUCUUUGUUUCGACAGAUUGUCGUGUAAAUCAUAAAUGUGUGUGUGUGUGUGUGUGUGUGUGUGUGUAUUAGAUCUAAUGUUUGUAUGACCAUUGUUGGGUAGUAUUAAUUAGUUUGCUGUUUGUAAUGUCGAGUUGUCUGGGACAAUUCUGAUUAAGCGCUUCGGUGAGUGUGAUUUGUGUUUGUCUGGUUGUGUUAUAGCAAUAUUUUUGUAAUAGGGCUAUUUUGCAUGAUUUUUUUGUAGCUGUUUACUACUUUUAAACUACUUAAUGUGGUUAACAGCAAGGGGGAAUGUGUCUACUUUUAAGUACACAUCAAAUCCGAUCAGUCCAUAUAAAUUGACUUCCCAAAUUAUGGCUUUAAAAUUCAUUUGCAACAUGUUUUUAGUGCUGAAGGUUUGCAGGUUCGGAUUUAAAGGUUGUAAUAAUUGUGUUUUUGCUGAGAGCACUGAUUUGUUGUUUCAGAUGCAGGAGGGAUGAUAAUGUUGUUUAUAUUUCCAGUCAGUCUGAUGGAUUUCUUUGUUCUGGCAACAUAAAUAAAUCUUGAUUUCCGCUCA